AAGUGUGAUACCCUCAUGGAUAUGGAUAGCAUUGAGGGGUUGAAUGAAGUGCGUCCUGCUGUGUACCGCACUGCAAUGAAGCUCCGCUCCUUACAGAAACUCUGCCAUAUGCAUGUUGUGACACUGCGGGAGCUCAUCCCAGCCCUGUGCUCUCUGGGCGGAGCCCGGGACACUGGGGCGGGGCUUAGUGAACAGGAAGUGAGACAGUGCACAAACAGGAUGUUCCAAAGCGUGUCACAGGAAGUACCUUGGCAGGUGUCGGCAGAGGCGCCAGAACAGACUUGCAGACUGCUGUACAGAUUGUUUGACCGGGGACAGACUGGCGCUGUCUGUCGCAGGUCAGUUGAAGCCGCUCUCAUCUCUCUCUCAGCAGACACACUCUCAGCCAAACACAAGGCUCUGGUUCGUCUGGCAGAGAGGUGCAGUGGGAGAGAGAGCGGUACGGUGAGCAGGAGUGGUCUCAGAGUCGUACUGCAAGACCUCAGCCAGGUGCCUGCUGUAGUGCAGGAGAACCAUGUGUUUGGCUCAGCUGAGACAGCCGUUCGUUCCUGCUUCAGUGGGGUGGUGAGUGCGUGUGUUUGUGAGGAGCAUGUCCUCUCAUGGCUGCAGUGUGAGCCCUGUCUGUUGCUGUGGCUCCCCACCCUGUACCGCCUGUCAGUCAGCGAGAACGUCACACACUCCGUACGCUGCCACACCUGCAAGGCCUACCCCAUCACUGGACUUAGGUAUCGCUGUAUGAAGUGUGUGAACCUUCAUCUGUGCCAAACCUGCUUUCUGACAGAGAGACACACAAAAAAACACAAGAGCUCCCACCCAGUGCUGGAGCACUGCACUCAGCCAUCCUGGAAAGAGUCCCUAGCCUCAUUAGCAUACAGCGCCCGCCACGCCUUGUUACCACGGCGAUACACACACAGGGAGGCAGAGAGGAGAAGGGGCCAAAUCGGGGCGGAGUCACGAGGGGAGCCGCAGACGAGCUUCACUGCACCUGACCCUUCACCUCAGUCUGCCGCUGAGGACACACCGCCUGACGACAGAGCCCCUCCCACUAAUCCUCCCCAAUUGCUGGCCACACCCCCAGCUGUUAGGACCAGGAAGGCAUCUAAAGCCCUGCAAACUGAGGAAGAGCAGGAGGAAGCACAGCCACAGAGGAGAGACUCUGUCCUCAUUAAGGACAUCAGGGACCUGCAGAGGGACAAACGGCUGCUGGAGAGGGAGCUGCAGGUGUGGAGGGUAACGGUUCAGUCGGAGCAGGGCUCUCUGGAGGACCGCUGCUCUGAGAUGGAGGCCAACAUGGAAACUCUGAGACAACACAACCUCAGACUGCAGGACAUGAUCUCACAGGCUCUUAGCAUGUCAGGGACACAUGCUGACGUCAUGCCUCAUGCUAAUGUCAUCCCACAUGCUAAAUACAGGCCAGAGAGAGACAUAGCCUGUCCUGUAGAGUCCCAGAGCUCUGCAUCUUCCUCUGGAUCCAGAGAAAGAGAAGAGGAGGAGGAGAGGGAAGAGAAGGUGAGGGAAGAGGAGGAAGAAUGUUGCACAGCAAAGAUGCAGAGGAAUGAGAUGAAGACAGAAGAACAGAGAGGUGAUGAUGAUGAAGAGGAGGAGCAGACUGAGACUGACUCAGUCACAGAGACUCACACUCCCACAAUGCACGGGAGAAUUACCUCUAACCCACAGCCCUGUGAUGGACAGGUCACUGGGCCAAUGAAAGACCAGAGUGUCUCUGAAGAGGAGUAUUCUGGGAUGUGUAGUUUAGUGGAGGAGGAGCGACUGUGUGAGCUGGUUCAAAAACUAAUAAGUGAGCUGUCGCUACACACUCACACACAUACAGACUGCAGACGGGAGUUGGAGUUGUUGGAGGCUGCAGAGGAAGUGGGGGACUCUGUGUGUCAUCUCGUCUAUGCAGUGAACACACACUCCGUCCCAAACGCACACACUUCAUGCCCCAUCCUCCUACACAACCACAGGCCAGAGCAUGUAUCCAGAAGGCUUCUCUAGACUUUGACGCCUGAUGAUGGUCGGAGUGGUCACCGGAGAACGCCAGCUCCUUCUGGGUCUCCCUCCGCCUCCAGGGGGGCACCCCCGCCCACGCGGCCCAGCCAGUGUUUACCGUCCGGGGCUUGGGGUCUGUGGUCCGGUCCCUUGGCUUGUAGGGAGGCUGGUUCUCUGGUGUUUCCUGGGUUCUCUGGUCUGUUGGGGUAGCACACAACUGUGGAGAAGCGGGGGAGCGGGGAGGAUGGAUGGAGGAAGAGGAGGAGUUGCUCCCUCUCUCUCUCCGCCGGUUGGUCUUCCUGUGUGCUUUCCGGUGGACCGGAGGAGGGGUUUGCUUCUGGCUACAAGGUCUUGUGGGGUGUGUUGGUAAGUGGUCAGGGGAAGGUGUGUGUGAGUGAGUCCCUUCCCCAGAACUUGGUCUUAUAUCCUGGUCUGGAGCAGUUGGGGUUAACCUCUCUGACUCCGCCUUUCCCCCUCUACCUUCUUCUGGUUGGCUGGUCCUUGUUUCCGAGGCAACAUCCGCUUCCUGUACGUAAACAAGCUGACAGGAAGAGUCGUCAGAGCUGGGCAUGUGCUCUCGGGUUCCGAACGACGCCCCGUCAUCAUCGCUGGCGCAGAGAUCCAAUAGCUCCUCCCUGGGAACCAGCGGGCUGCUCAGAGAUGGCAGGUCAGCGUGGGUGGGGCUUAAGACACACAGAAAGGUAAAUCAGAGGAAAGAGACUAGGGCUGACAGAAAUCAUACUGACAGGGAUAGAGAGUUGAGGGUGAUGUUAACGGAUUGUGUGAGUGCGUUACCGAGGGUCGUUGUAGAGGUGCGGGUGAUGCUGGAUUACGUCCAAUAGGAAUCUCUCCAUCAGGCUUCCAGAUGGGACGUAGGUGCGAGUACUAUGAACCACCUCCCUGUGUCUGGGGCUUAGGAUGUGCUGCUCCACGUUGUUGUAGAGUAUCUGGCAGCAGCUGCAGUAGCCCUGUCUGGGGGGAGGAACUCUGGAUGGCCCGGGCUGCUCCUCCUCCCUCUCCCCCCUUGAGAAGACAGAGAACACAACAUGUAACACAACACAACUGAUGUGGACACAACCAAAACACAAUCAUGACAAAUAGCCCCUGUGGGUGUUUGUUGACUCACCUGCUAACAGUGUCCAUCUCCUUCUGUGGAUCUGUCUGACCCUGCUCUGCAUCUGUCAGACAAACAGACAGAACAUAACUUCAUGUAUCAGAGAUAAGGACGUUCACUCCACAGCUAGCUUGAAAUAUCGCAAAUGGUGCUAUCGAAUUGGAUCCUUUUCUAUACGUUGUCAAGCGGGCGGUCACGUGUGUUAGAGGACCCUGGCUCAAACCCAGUCAGAGGCAAGUUCAUAGAGGCAGCGCUAUAUGCUAAUCUUGCACACUGACGCCGUUUACGCUCAGACAAUACAAACUUGCAUGCACGCUCACAAGCAUUUCGCUACAACCGCAAUAACAUCUGCUAAACACAUGUAUGUGACAAAUAAAAUUUGAUUGGAGUAUUCUAGUAGUACUUUCUGUCCUCUUACCUUGAGCAGAGGGGCCAGACUGCUCGUCAGCAGGCAUUUGGUGUUCUACAUCUGAAAACACACACAGAGACUAAAAUAUAAAUGUGU